AUGGCUACACAAAGCGUUGAGGGUAGUUCUAGAGCUCGUCCAAAGCAAACAGGUCUGGGGGGGUUAUUGAAACCAUUGAAUUCAGAAUAUGGUAAAGUAGCUCCUGGGUGGGGAACUACCCCUUUGAUGGGUGUCGCAAUGGCUCUAUUUGCGAUAUUCCUAUGUAUUAUUUUGGAGAUUUAUAAUUCUUCCGUUUUACUGGAUGGAAUUUCAAUGAGUUAG